AUGGAGAACAGUAACUCUGAGACUGAAUCCAAGCAAAGGGCACUGUUGGUUGACUGGUUAAAUACUAUUCUUCCCAAUCUAAGUUUGCCAACAAAAGCGUCAGAUGAAGAGUUGAGAGCUAGCUUGAUUGAUGGCACUGUUCUUUGUAAAAUCUUGAACAGCAUUAGACCUGGUUCUCUAAAUGAGGAAGGUUAUCCUGAAAAUUCUUCAUUGUUGCGGUCAGAAAAUGUUAGAAGGUUUCUGACUACUAUGGAUGAGCUAGGAAUACCCAGAUUUGAUGUAUCAGACCUAGAGAAGGGAUCUAUGAAGAAUGUUGUCGACUGCCUUCUAACACUAAAAGCACAAUUUAAGUCAUCUGGAUGUAACUUGUCCACCAUCAGUAAUGUUACUAAACCUGGAAGCAUUCAUGGGGAUGCAUCAUCCCGCAGCCCUCUCACAACAUUAUCUGGAGAAGAAAGGAGGAAGGCUUCUUUAGAGUCAAAAUCUCAACGUGCCUUGCACACUCCUUUAAUGUCAGAACCAUCAGCUGCAGCACUGCAUCAUGUUGGACACAAGUUCCAUGAGGCGUUUCAGUUGAAACAAGGACGCUAUGCAGAUCUCCCCCCAAGUAAAAUUUCAGAGAUGAUGAAAUCAAGCAGUUUAGAUAAUGCCCCGACUCAGUCACUUUUAAGCGUUGUGAAUGGAAUUCUGGAUGAAAGUGUUGAAAGAAAGAAUGGCGAAAUUCCUCAUCGUGUGGCAUGUCUACUGAAAAAAAUUGUGCAGGAGAUUGAACGACGUAUAUCAACACAAGCAGAUCACCUAAGAACUCAAAAUAAUCUUUUUAAGGCUCGGGAGGAGAAGUACCAUUCAAGAAUCAGAGUCCUUGAGGCCCUUGCAUCUGGGACUGGUGAAGCGACUAAGCAUGUCACGAACCAGCGUCAGCAAAUAAAGGUUCGAAGAAAAAAGAACAUUUCUUGCUGUUCAACAGUCUUGAACUGCUUGAUUCCGGUUCUCUCACAGACUGAAAACUCCAAAGUGGAAGAAAAGAAGAAACUAGAAGAAAAAAAGAAAGAGAUAACAAAGAUGAUGAAAGAAAAUGAUAAAAACAUUCUUGAAAUUGCAGCACUGAAACGAGAAUUAGAAAUUGCCAAAACGAUACAUGAGCACCGCUCCUUGGAAAUGGAAACAGAGGCUAAGGGUGCCAAAGAAGGACUUCAAACGAGGUUAAAAGAGCUUCAGUGCCUUCUUGCUGAUUCAAACUAUAAGGUGAAAGAGCUUGAAGAAAGUUCAGAGUCAAAAUGCCAGAAGUGGAGCAUGAAAGAGAACAUCUACCAAAGCUUUAUGGAUUUUCAGCUUGGUGCAAUGAGGGAGUUAAGGUUAACUUCCCACUCCAUCAAGCAAGAAAUUCUAAAAGCUCAUAGGAGCUAUUCUAAGGAAUUUAAUCACCUAGAAGUAAACCUUAAAGCAAUAGCAGAUGCGGCGGGGAACUACCAUGAAGUUCUUGCUGAAAACCGAAAGCUUUUUAAUGAGCUUCAGGAUUUGAAAGGGAACAUUAGAGUUUUUUGUCGAGUAAGGCCAUUUCUGCCUGGACAACCUGGAAAACAGACAAUCGUAGAAAAUAUCGGCGAUAAUGGACAGUUGGUUAUCGCGAAUCCCUCCAAGCCAGGGAAAGAUGGUCAACGGUCAUUUAAGUUUAAUAAGAUCUUUGGUCCAGCUGCUACUCAAGCGGAGGUGUUUGCAGAUAUUCAACCUUUUGUUCAGUCAGUGGUCGAUGGAUAUAAUGUCUGUAUAUUUGCUUAUGGUCAAACUGGUUCUGGGAAAACCUAUACAAUGACUGGUCCUAAUGGAGCAACUGAAGAGGAAUGGGGUGUUAAUUAUCGUGCUUUGAAUGAUCUCUUCAGAAUCUCUCAAAAUAGAAGAAGCACCAUUCUCUAUGAAGUUGGGGUUCAAAUGGUUGAAAUAUAUAAUGAACAAGUGCGAGAUUUGUUAUCAAGUGAUGGUUCUCAGAAGAAACUUGGGAUUACAACUAUCUCUCAACCUAAUGGGUUAGCUGUACCUGAAGCUACCAUGCUUCCUGUUCUAUCAACCUCAGAUGUAUUAGAUUUAAUGAAUAUUGGACUCAAGAAUAGAGCUGUCAGUGCUACUGCUCUAAAUGAAAGAAGUAGUCGCUCUCACAGCAUUGUCACCAUUCAUGUUCGUGGGAAGGAUUUGAAGGCGGGAACUUCUUUGUAUGGUAAUCUUCAUUUGGUAGAUCUAGCAGGCAGUGAAAGAGUAGAUAGAUCUGAGGUAACUGGAAAUAGGCUUAAGGAAGCACAACAUAUAAAUAAAUCAUUGUCUUCCCUUGGAGAUGUAAUUUUUGCUCUUGCACAAAAGAGUUCUCAUGUGCCAUACAGAAAUAGCAAGCUCACCCAAGUACUUCAAAGCUCUCUUGGAGGGCAGGCAAAGACCCUUAUGUUUGUGCAGCUCAAUCCUGAUGCAACUUCCUAUACUGAAAGUAUGAGUACUUUGAAGUUUGCUGAACGGGUCUCUGGAGUUGAGCUAGGUGCUGCACGAAGUAGCAAAGAGGGAAAGGAUGUUAGGGAACUAAUGGAGCAGAUGGCAUCUCUCAAAGACACAAUAGCUAAAAAGGAUGAGGAGAUUGAGCGGUUGCAAUUACUUAAAGAUGUAAAAAACGGAUACCCCAGCAUCAAUGGUGAGCAGCAAGGAACAGGCUCAUUGAGUGAUAAGCAAUCUGAAACUGGUUCCCAGCAGUCCACGGACGAGGAAAAGCUUUCUGAAAUAUCUGAUGGUGGUCUUUCUAUGGGAACAGAAACUGAUGGCUCAGCCGAAAGCACUCUUUUGCCUGAAAGCAUAAAUUUGGGGAAGAAUAAGGUAGCAUCGAAGAUUCGACUACUACAAAAAGCAGUGCAAGGGCAAACGGCGCCAAGAACUGACACUCCAAAGGCUUCAACAAGCAUUAAAAAGAGCGUAAGCUCCACUUCAACCAAGCCUCCUUCCAGAAGAUUAUAG